UCACCCUUAAGCAACUUCAGCCCUUCCUCCCAUUUUUAUUAUAACUGAAUUCUGUCAUAUGUUGGGGUCAAAAAUCCAUUUGAGCAACACCAUUCUGUGAUUUACAUUUGCUGGGGCUUUUUUACUUUUUUUAAAAAAAGAAAUACUUAGACCUAGUGGUAACAGUUUAAUAACUUUUUUUUCCUACAAAAUUUUUGAUGCUAGAAAGCAGACUAUUUUUUCUCCUUCUACUCUGUUUGGGUCUUUUUUUUAAAAAGAAAAGGUAAGUAGGCGUGGUCAGGCAGUAUUUGUGGUUUACCAUGCUUCGUAUCAGAGCAAAGAGCUCAGUUUGGGCUGUUUUACUGGCACAGCUGAUGAAGAGAGGUUUGAAUUUUCAUUUCAAUAUAAACGGAUAACCAGACAUGAUUCUUUCUACCUAUCACACCUUCCAGUCUGUUUUCUGCUGCUGCUGCUGCUCAGUGCAAGAAAGAGAAAUGAGAGCAAAAGUGGACCUGGACCCUGACACUGUUCUGGUGACCCAGUACUCUGUCUCACAACCAGACGUUUCCUAUGAAUCUAUUUGGAAGUGUGGGCAGCACAAGAGACAAUUACAGUUUAAGGACAAGCCAUUACCUCCUCUGCCUCCUGAGGCCUUUGAAGACUGCACGAACAAACCCAGAGUUAUUGCACUCUGUGAUUUCUUUGCUAGAGGGCCUUUAGAUUUACCUCUCAAGAAAUCAGAAGAAUACAUUAUCCUCGAACAGUAUGAUCCCCUCUGGUGGAAGGCGAGAGACCGACACGGGAAUGAAGGUCUAAUUCCCAGCAACUAUGUUACUGAGAACAAGAAAAGCAAUUUAGAAACAUACAAGUGGUACUGCAAAAACAUAAACAGAAGCCAGGCAGAACUUCUUUUGCGUCAGAAGCCCACAGAAGGCGCGUUUGUUGUCAGAGAUUCGAGCCGGCAGGGUCUUCUUACGCUGUCCAUGUACUCGCGGGCUAAGGGAAGUCAUAAUGGAGAUAUUCUACAUUAUCAAAUUAAGCAGAAUCACUUGGGACAAUAUUAUGUAGCAGAAAACUAUCUCUUCUCAUCCGUUCCUGAACUCAUCGAGUAUCAUCAGCACAAUGCUGCAGGUCUUAUCACACGUCUCCGCCAUCCAGUCGGAUCAGAUGGAUGUACCUCACCAGAAACCGCAGGAUUGAAUUAUGAGGAGUGGGGAUUAAACCCAUCUGAGCUGCUGUUACUGAAAGAACUUGGGCGUGGGCAGUUUGGAGUUGUUUACCUUGGUAAAUGGAAAGAGACUAUCAAGGUUGCCAUCAAAACAAUCAAUGAAGGUGCAAUGUCUGAAGAUGAUUUCAUAGAGGAGGCCAAACUGAUGAUGAAACUCUCCCACCCAAAGCUGGUCCAGCUUUAUGGGGUGUGCACACACCACAAACCUCUCUACGUUGUGACUGAAUUCAUGGAAAAUGGUUGCCUGCUCAAUUACCUUCGGCAAAGGCGGGGGAAACUCAGCAGAGAAGUUCUCCUGAGCAUGUGCCAGGAUGUUUGUGAAGGGAUGGAAUAUCUGGAAAGAAAUAGCUUUAUUCACCGUGAUUUGGCUGCAAGAAACUGUUUAGUCAAUGUGGAGCACGUGGUUAAAGUAUCUGACUUUGGCAUGGCAAGGUAUGUCAUUGAUGAUGAAUAUAUCAGCUCUUCAGGUGCCAAGUUUCCAGUCAAAUGGUCAUCUCCUGAAGUCUUUCAUUUCAAAAAAUAUAGCAGCAAAUCAGAUGUCUGGUCAUUUGGUGUUCUGAUGUGGGAAGUUUUCACGGAAGGCAAAAUGCCUUUUGAAACCAAGUCAAAUGCUGAAGUUGUCCGUGAGAUCUCUCAGGGUAACCGACUUUAUCGACCACAUUUGGCAUCACAUCCGGUGUACAAAGUCAUGUACAGCUGCUGGCAUGAGAAACCUGAAGGACGUCCUACUUUUGCAGAGUUAACAGUGACCCUCAGAGAUCUAACAGAGAUGACAUAAUCACAAAUUUUAUACCAAUAUAUUUCCUGAAAUGUUAUCAUUAAGCAUGCCACUUAUGUAGCUGCUACCGAAAAUCUCAACCUUUUAGAGAGGUCUCUAUCUAAAUCACAGUACCAGCAUCCUACAUAUUGAAGCAGCUGUUUGGUCUUGGCACAGUUUUUCUUCUUUGAGAAAGAUACUCCAGGACACUGGUUUGGACCUCUCAAGGCUUUGUGUUCAUGGUUAGGGAGAAAAAUCUGUCUGAAAAGCAGUAACCAAACCUACUCACCUUAUAGAUAUUUUUAUUAAUUCCUUUGAGUUACAGUAAUUCUUGCAUCGAUAUUAUUAUAUUAUUUAUACUUACUGUGACUCAUGCACAGGGGAAUACUGAUUGGCAGAGCAAAAAUGAUGGAAGAACCUCUGAUGAGUAUUGUAUUUGCAGGGUGCCCUGAUGAAGGGAGGAAUGAUGAAUCCGACUCCAUGUUUUCAGAAGAUUAAUUUAUUAUUUUAUGAUACUAUAUUAUAUUAAAGAAUAAUACACUAUACUAAGAAUACAGACAGGAUACUUACAGAAUGCUAAAAAGGUAACAAAGAAAACUUGUGACUCUCUCCAGAGACCCCACACAACAUUGAAUCAAAACAACUCACAGCAGAAGCCAAUGAAACCAUCACCUGUGGGUAAACAAUCUCCAAACACAUUCCAAAGGAGCAAAACACAGGAUAAGCAAACCAGAUAAUAUUGUUUUCCUUUUUCUCUGAGGCCUCUCAGCUUCCCAGGAGACAAAUCCUGGGCGAAGGGAUUUUUCAGAAGAUGUGAAUGCCACAGAAAAGCUCUGGCUAGGUCACUUUUAAAGGCAAGUCCUUGUGCACAGCAAAGCAUCCAGCCCUAGAGAAGCAGAGCAGGGCUCUGUCCAAGGGACAGCCAGCUCAGUGAUUGGCUGGACAAAGCAGUGCCUCCCCUUGCAAAUGGCCAGAAUGAUUCAUGGGCAAGUAAAAACUGGAACCCUACAGUAGUGCUCAGAUGGAUCCUGUGAUACCUUACAUGGACACCUCUGUACCCCUACCUCUUAUGUUAUUAUUCCUUUAAUUUUAAAUCUUAACUGUGGUCAACACAAAUAUGUUGUAGAGAAGGAAAGGUAGAUGGAAUUCAUAA